AUGAGGACACCUUGGCCUCCUGUAUCUGCAUGGCUCGGUGCAAAGAGAGAAGACACCAUGACUCUCACCCUCAAGGCCCUGCUCUGCCUCGGGCUGAGCGUGGGCCUCAGGACCCCAGUGCAGGCAGGACCCCUCACCAAACCCACCAUCAGGGCUGAGCCAGGCCCUGUGAUCCCUUUUGGGAGACCCGUGACCAUCUGGUGUCAGGGGACACCAGGGGCUGAGGAGUACCAUCUGGAUAGAGAGGGAAGCCCAGCACCAUGGAAAAGAAUGGAUCUACUGGAGCCUGGGGACAAGGCCAAGUUCUCUAUCACACGCAUGACAGAGCAGGAUGCAGGGAUAUAUCGCUGUUACUAUGGCAGCUCCACUGGCCGUUCAGAUCUCAGUGACCCCCUGGAGCUGGUGGUGACAGGAUUGUACAUCAGACCCAGCCUCUCAGCCUUGCCCAGCCCUGUCAUGACCUCAAGAGGGAACGUAACCCUUCAGUGUGGCUCAAGGCAGGGAUUUGACAGGUUCCUUCUGACUAAGGAAGGAGAUCACAGGCUCUCCUGGGCCCUGGACUCACAGCCACAGCCCAGUGGAGGGUCCCAGGCCCUUUUCCCUGUGGAUCCUGUGACCUCCAGUCACAUGUGGAGGUUCAGAUGCUAUGGCUGCUACAGGGACAACCCCCAGGUGUGGUCACUCCCCAGUGAUGCCCUGGAGCUCCUGAUCCCAGGUGAGUCUGGGAAGCCCUCCCUCCUGAGCCAACAGGGCCCCAUCGUGGCCUCAGGACAGAACCUGACCCUCCAGUGUCGCUCUGAUGUCAGCUAUGACAGAUUCGCUCUGCACAAGGAGGGGGGACGGGACCUCCCCCAGGGCCUUGCCCUGCAGCCCCAGGCUGGGCUCUCUCAGGCCCAUUUCCCCGUGGGCACUGUGAGAAGCUCCCAGGGAGGGCAGUACCGAUGCUACGGUGGAUACAACCUCUCCUCUGAGUGGUCGGCCCCCAGCGACCCCCUGGACAUCCUGGUGGCAGGAUGGCUGCCUGACACACCCUCCCUCUCGGUGCAGCCAGGCCCCAGCGUGGCCUCAGGAGAGAACGUGACCCUGCUGUGUCAGUCACAGAGCCACACGGACACUUUCCUUCUGUCUAAGGAGGGGGCAGCCGAUCCUCCCCUGCAUCUGAGAUCAGAGCACCGAGCUCAGCAGUACCAGGCAGAGUUCUCCAUGAGUCCUGUGACCUCAGCCCACCGAGGCACCUACAGGUGCUACAGCUCACUCAGCUCCUCCCCCUUCCUGCUCUCACACCCCAGUGAGCCCCUGGAGCUCCUGGUCUCAGCCGCCCACCGCCAAGACUACACCGUGGAGAAUUCCAUCCGGAUGGGCGUGGCUGGAUUGGUCCUGAUGGCACUCGGGGUGCUGCUAUUUUGGUCUCGAAACAGCCAGAAUCAGACCCAGGAUGCAGCCAGGAUGUGA